UGAACGAAAGAGACAGAAGCGAUGAGGUAACGGAUGGUCUGUAUCAUUACCUUGACAUCAGCUUUGGAGGCUUGAUAAUUUUGAACAUCUUUAAUAACGCGGAGAGAUUUAGUCUUAUAUCAGCUUAGUUUGCAACGUUACGCCAACGAAUACCAACAGACGGAGAACCGACAGUAGUGCGCUUCAGACCGGAGGACCAGUACAGCACCAUGAACUGUGAGAUUGAUGGAGAUAUGGAGAAUCAAGUCGAGCAAGAGGAGAAGAUGAGACUCAUAAACCAAGUGUUGGAGCUCCAGCACACACUUGAAGAUCUCUCUGCACGUGUGGACGCGGUGAAGGAGGAGAACCUCAAGCUCAAAUCGGAGAACCAGGUUCUCGGGCAGUACAUCGAGAACCUCAUGUCCGCCUCCAGUGUGUUUCAGACCACUGACACCAAAAGCAAACGAAAAUAACUUGUGGAUCACUUCUACAUACUCCAUCGUCUCCUCUAUCCAGCAUUCAGACUACUAGCUCAUACAUAUAAGCCGCUGUUUGUUUUUGUAUUUAUUUUGUUGUACAAUUUACUGAUGCAUCUCUCAGCAUGGUUUGGGUAAUACUUAAAUGGACUGAGCUGCUGUCUCUCUGUGUCAGCUAAUUGUGUUACAAGAUAUAAAAGGAUGCAUGAUGCAGUUUGUGAUCAGAUAAAUACAGAGCUGGUGUAAUACCACUCCUGUAUAAUUCAUUUAGCAGGUACAUAACCAAUCUCAGACCCUCUCAUUGGCUUCACAACCUUUUUAAAUACUAGACAGCCAAAGUCUGGUUUGGAAGAGUUCUUCUAAAAAUACUACAAUUUUUUUUUUUUUUUUUAAGCUUUUUUGGCUUUCCACUACUAACAUUUACAAUGUAAAGCAAGUACAGCUUGAACACAGGUAUAUUCCUUUGAAAAUGCAUGCCAUAACCCAUAACUAAAGUGCAUGAUGUAAAAGGCUAGUGAUGGAUAACCUAAAUUAGUCCUCCCUCACUCGGCAUGUGAUUUUUCUAUUGGCAAUUAUCACAAUGACAGUUGCUCAGCUGGUGCAGAAAGUAUGCCAUUACAGUAAUUUCCUGACCCAUUGGUUUAAACGAAGUACCUCCUCAGUAUGUUACAUUAUAAGAGGCCUCUGUCUCACAGAAUGAAAUUUACUCACUUACAUACUUGGAUUUAUCUUAAAAGGUCUGGCUAGUGCACAAACCCGACUUCUUUAGAGCAGGAUAAAUAGAUUGAAACCGGCUCGCAGUGUAAACGGCAGCAUUGUGUUGGAGACUUUGCUCUUCAUGGCCGUGUCCUUUGGAUUGAGGGACUUAAAAUGGAUGAAGCUUUUACUGCUUUCAAAGACUGAAGUGAGGUUGAGUCUGCAGAGUGAUAUUGAUCUGAUUGCUCAAAGUGUCUGCUUGAGUGGCAUUUAUGAGGACGGAUGCUCUGCUCUUUGCUCAAGAAUUUGCUGAUGUGAAAUUUCACUUACUAUGAAUUAUUGACAUGACACUGAAGCAUCUGCAACGACACUACAUAAUCUGUUUAAUAUAAUUUUUUUUUUAAAUUUUUCAGUCAUGUAAUUUACGUUUGCAAGCACCUAAUGUAAAGUACCGCCUGUUCUAAAAAUGUACAUUUUAUUUUGUUACAAUUAUGCCUUUAAUAAAAUACUUUGCCUUUGCACAAACGAGUAAAAAC